AUGUCUGCCCCUAAGAAGAUCGUCGUUUUGCCAGGUGACCACGUUGGUCAAGAAAUCACAGCCGAAGCCAUUAAGGUUCUUAAAGCUAUUUCUGAUGUUCGUUCCAAUGUCAAGUUCGAUUUCGAAAAUCAUUUAAUUGGUGGUGCUGCUAUCGAUGCUACAGGUGUUCCACUUCCAGAUGAGGCGCUGGAAGCCUCCAAGAAGGCUGAUGCCGUUUUGUUAGGUGCUGUGGGUGGUCCUAAAUGGGGUACCGGUAGUGUUAGACCUGAACAAGGUUUACUAAAAAUCCGUAAAGAACUUCAAUUGUACGCCAACUUAAGACCAUGUAACUUUGCAUCCGACUCUCUUUUAGACUUAUCUCCAAUCAAGCCACAAUUUGCUAAAGGUACUGACUUCGUUGUUGUCAGAGAAUUAGUGGGAGGUAUUUACUUUGGUAAGAGAAAGGAAGACGAUGGUGAUGGUGUCGCUUGGGAUAGUGAACAAUACACCGUUCCAGAAGUGCAAAGAAUCACAAGAAUGGCCGCUUUCAUGGCCCUACAACAUGAGCCACCAUUGCCUAUUUGGUCCUUGGAUAAAGCUAAUGUUUUGGCCUCUUCAAGAUUAUGGAGAAAAACUGUGGAGGAAACCAUCAAGAACGAAUUCCCUACAUUGAAGGUUCAACAUCAAUUGAUUGAUUCUGCCGCCAUGAUCCUAGUUAAGAACCCAACCCACCUAAAUGGUAUUAUAAUCACCAGCAACAUGUUUGGUGAUAUCAUCUCCGAUGAAGCCUCCGUUAUCCCAGGUUCCUUGGGUUUGUUGCCAUCUGCGUCCUUGGCCUCUUUGCCAGACAAGAACACCGCAUUUGGUUUGUACGAACCAUGCCACGGUUCUGCUCCAGAUUUGCCAAAGAAUAAGGUCAACCCUAUCGCCACUAUCUUGUCUGCUGCAAUGAUGUUGAAAUUGUCAUUGAACUUGCCUGAAGAAGGUAAGGCCAUUGAAGAUGCAGUUAAAAAGGUUUUGGAUGCAGGUAUCAGAACUGGUGAUUUAGGUGGUUCCAACAGUACCACCGAAGUCGGUGAUGCUGUCGCCGAAGAAGUUAAGAAAAUCCUUGCUUAA